UUUGAUUUAAUUUUUGGCUAAGUUUUCAAUUAAUUUUUAUUUAUCCAUACAUCUGCGUCUUAUACUUUGCAACUUUAUUUGCAUUUCAAUGUUCUCAUACCUAAUGCAGCCCAUCGCGCAUUCCACACUGAUGAAUUCGCACACCUUCAACAUUCGCUUGAACACGCAUCGGUUGCCCUCAACGGUGUCUAUGGUGGAAGAAGCGACACUUACACUGGACAGCACGCGCGGCAUCUCGCUGCAGCGGCUGAAGAAAUACAUUAGCGAAAAGUAUCAGAUUGAUGUGACCGCGCGACGCUACAGCCUGAUCAAGGAACAUUUGCGUGCACAAUUGGCCAUUGGUGCGCUUAGGAAUGUAAGUGGACGCGGCUUGUCGGGUAGUUUCCGACUGCAAGCAAAAAAGAAGAAUGCAAUUGCCAGCGACUCCAGGGAUCUUCUCGCAGCGAACACAUUGCCGGUUGCAGGCAAAAAACGAAGAGGUAACGGUGGUGGUGGCAAUGGUGGAAGCAUCGCUGAUGAGCACACCGUUGCGAAUAAACGCAAUAAGGCAACAGGUAAAAAGAAAAGUGAACCAUCAAAGAGUGGCAAAUCUAAGGGUAGGAAUCAGCAGAUAAAUGCUACGACACUCGCAAGAACGCCGCCUAAUUGUGCUCCACUUGCAAUGGCGCCGUUUGCACCGCAUCGCAAUUCAUUGGCGGCCGCCAUGAGUCAUGUGAAUCAAGGGAGUUCAACUCCGCUUAGCGCUGGCGAGCGGGUGGGACGAAAACGAAAGCUUUUACCAGCAACAGAAUCGCAGGGAUUUUAAGAAAUGCAGUGCGUCGUUGUUGCUGUAGCAGUGCUGCGUAAACUCAAGUGUUGAGUUUAUUACAUCAACAAAGGGCAGUGACUGGUGAAAUACUCGCUAUGAAGAUGGACUUCAUACAUACAAAGAUGCGAAAAUUCUAUUUUUUUUGUAGAAAAAAAAACUCUCGAAUUUAAUGUUUUAUUGACGUUUUUUGUCAAUAUUUACUAUUAGGCUGCAUUAAAUUUAUAGGUUAUAAGGCAGAAAUAGUUGAACAAAUAUUUGGCUAUUGGCUAAUUUACUGUGUGAAAUCUGUAGGAGGAUAAAGUUCAUAUAUGGCAACAAAUUUGUAAUAGUAUUUGAAAAGGUGGCUUAGUAAAAAAAUUGCAACGCACAAAAUGUUAACUAAGUUACAAAAGAACUGAAAAAAUUUUGUGUUGAAAAUUCAGGCGUUGAAACGUUUUAAGUAAAGUGUCCAUACUGGGUGAUGGCAGCUGCUGUUGUAGCAGCAUAAACAUUUCCCGUACAUAUACGGGAAUGCUGCUGAAGUGACAGUCCUUGGCCGGAUAUAAAUCCGGGUUGUUGCGGUUACGUAGAACCGACUGUCAUGGAGACGCUGGUGCUGGCAGCUCGCUUAAAGCUGAGCUUUGCGAGUAAACAAGAAAGUUUAUGAAUUUGAUUUGAAAAUAUGAGUUGCAGUCGCUUGGUUUCCUUAAA